AAAUGAGAGACGUUUGACCUGUGACCGUUGACCUGAUAUAUGUGAUGUCACAGGCAAACAGCCUCGUUCUCGCUGCCAUUAGUCGUGUGCUCUUGUUGGAGUAGGUCGCUUGCCACUCGGGUGAAACAUAUUCUAAAGCCAUGCCUGCUUUUACGCCAGCUUUGACUCCUGCACAGGAAGAUGAGCUCCGUCAAAUUGCCAAUGACAUUGUAGCUCCAGGCAAGGGUAUCCUGGCUGCUGAUGAGUCAACCGGCACCAUGGGCAAGCGUCUCUCCGGCAUCAACGUGGAGAACACGGAGGAGAACCGCCGCAAGUACCGGGAGCUCCUGUUCACCGCCGAUGAUGUUGUUUCACAGAACAUCAGUGGUGUGAUCCUCUUCCAUGAGACUCUCUACCAGAAGGCAUCUGAUGGAACUCCUUUCCUGAAGAUCCUCAAGGAUAAGGGCAUCAUCCCUGGCAUCAAGGUCGACAAGGGUGUGGUCCCUCUUGCCGGCACCUUCAAUGAAUGCACAACUCAGGGUUUGGAUGACUUGGGUACCAGGUGUGCCCAGUACAAGAAAGAUGGAGCCCAGUUUGCCAAAUGGAGAUGUGUGCUGAAGAUUGGCCCACACACCCCUUCCUACCAGUCCAUGCUGGAGAAUGGCAAUGUCCUUGCACGCUAUGCUAGCAUCUGUCAACAGAACGGCCUUGUGCCCAUUGUUGAACCAGAAGUAUUGCCAGAUGGUGAUCACGAUAUCCAGACAGCACAGAGAGUCACAGAGCAGGUCUUGGCAUUCACAUACAAGGCACUGGCUGACCACAAUGUCUUCUUGGAGGGCACCCUUCUCAAGCCCAACAUGGUGACCGCUGGCAUGAGCAGUGCUCAGAAGAACAGCAAUGAGGAGAACGCCCGUGCCACAGUCCAGGCCCUCUCCAGGACUGUCCCACCAGCAGUUGCAGGUGUCACAUUCCUGUCUGGAGGCCAGUCAGAAGAAGAUGCAACACUCAACCUGAACGCCAUCAACCAGUACCCUGGCCGCAAACCAUGGGCUCUCACCUUCUCCUACGGGCGUGCCCUCCAGGCCAGUGUGCUUGCUGCAUGGCAGGGCAAGGAUGAAAACAUCAAGGCUGGGCAGGGCGAGCUUUGCAGGAGAGCACAGGCCAAUGGAGCUGCAGCUCUUGGAAAGUACACAGGUGGUAGUGAGAGUGCUGCUGGCGGAAAGUCUCUCUUUGUUGCCAACCACGCUUACUAACCUGUUGACUUAAGAAAAAACACAAGUUAUCUUCUCAAACUUUAUCUGAAAUUUUAGACUAAGCUCUGUGUAUGUAGUUAGCAGUGGGAUAGUGAAUAGACAUCAAACUGAUGUUGAAGUGAUGUCUAACUUCUUCACAGUACUACUCAAACUUACAUCUCAACACUUCCUGCUUUAUUUCACACUGGGUAUGCGAAAAUAAGCAAUGCAAUGGGUGAGUUUUAAGGGAGGGAAAUCAUUAUUUGAGCCGGUUUUGUUUUGUACAGCUGUAAUAUUUGCUCAUCCAGCCUUUAACAGUGUCUAUUGUAUAUAAUACUUUGUUCCAUAAUGUUUCUGUGAUUCCCCUGUAUUUGCCAAUGGUAUAAUAUUUCCUGUAGGCAGUUGUUUACAGUCAUGUCUUUUUGUUUUGAUUUAUUUUUUUGAGAAUACUUCAUAAAUGAGGGGUGGAAAACAAAUGCCAGGAAAUGUGAUCAUAAAAUUUGUUCGUUUCUGAGGAGAAUGACCCAUGUAUUACAUUGCUACUGCAUGUGGAUCUAGUGAUUGUUAAGAUUUGUGAUAUCCACUUUGUAUUGUCUGGAUUGUUCCCAGUGUAUCAGAUAAACUGUUGAACAAACA